AUGGUCCGUGAAAGAUUUUACAAUUCUCUUGAUGGCAUCUUCCAAACAAACCCAAAGCGAUUUUGGUCGAUCUUCAAGCUGAACAAUAAACAAUCAAGUGUUCCAGAUAUUAUGUCAAUGAGAAAUGCCGCUGAACCUGAAUCAUCACAAACUUAUGAUGUGUCUACUCCUACUGCUAUUGCCAAUCUAUUCAAUCGCUACUUCACAUCAGUGUUCAACACUGAUCAUGAUAACCUAGAUGAACGUUCCUCUCCACCUUCAACGUCAGGACAGUCAGACCUCCAACUAACAAUAGAAGAAGUUGCAAGAACACUCUUAACGCUAGACACCACCAAGGCUACUGGACCUGAUGGAAUACCAUCUCGACUUUUAAAAGAAACUGCGUGGCAGAUUGCACCUUCUCUCACCCAAAUAUUCAACAAGUCGUUAAGCUGUGGCGAAAUACCUGAUGAAUGGAAAUUAGCAAACAUUGUUCCGGUACACAAAAAAGGCGAAAAGAGCCAAGUAGAGAACUAUAGGCCUAUCUCCCUUCUUUCCAUAAUAUCGAAAGUACUAGAACGUUGUGUCCUGAGAAAUAUACGUGAUCAUUUGCUGCAAUUAAUCAAUGAUAGCCAACAUGGUUUUAUUCCCAGAAAGUUGUGUACAACUCAGCUAUUAGAGGUUCUUGACUAUAUUGGUUCACUUCUGGACGGUGGCAAGCAAGCUGAUGUAGUCUACAUGGACAUGUUCAAGGCAUUCAACAAAGUCCACCAUAAAUAUCUGAUAAGCAAAUUAAGGAACGUCUAUGGCAUCUCUGGUAAACUCCUUCGGUGGUUUGAGUCAUAUCUGAUAAAUCGCAAGCAAGGUGUGACUGUGCUAGGAGCUACAUCCUCCGCAAGACCUGUCCUGUCAGGAGUUCUACAGGGUUCAAUAUUAGGUCCCAUACUGUUUCUGCUGUACGCGAACGACCUGCCGGAUGCAGUAGAGCACUCCAAGAUUGCCUCCUUCGCCAAUGACACGAAACUAUUUAAGAAAGUUGAUUCCACUUCCGAUGCCAUCUCCUUACAAAGUGACUUGAGUAGUUUGGAGAACUGGUCAACAUCUUCUGGCCUUGUCUUCAACCAAGACAAAUGCAAAUGUCAGCGUGUAACAAGGAAAAAGAAUCCUAUUAAAUACGAAUAUAAGAUCAAUAACAAGUCCCUGGUGGUCACUGAAAAAGAGAAAGAUUUAGGUAUAAGGAUUACGGACACGUUAAACUGGUCUUACCAUACCCUCGAUCACUGUGCAAAGGCAAACAAAAUGCUUGGUUUCCUGCGUAGGGCUGCAAUGAAAAUUACAAAUGUUAACAUACGCCGCACACUGUACCUAUCAAUUGUUCGCUCAACGCUAGGUUACGCCACUCAAGUCUGGUCACCACAAUCGAUCGACUUAAUUACGAGGACAGAACGCAUCCAACGACGAGCUACAAAGUUCAUUUUGAAAUUACCAUAUGUGUGCGGAGAAACGUAG